GGGCACAGGAGGGAGUAUCAGAUAUACAGGGCACAGUAGGGAGGGAGUAUCAGAUAUACAGGGCACAGUAGGGAGGGAGUAUCAGAUAUACAGGGCACAGUAGGGAGGGAGUAGCAGAUAUACAGGGCACAGUAGGGAGGGAGUAUCAGAUAUACAGGGCACAGUAGGGAGGGAGUAUCAGAUAUACAGGGCACAGGAUAAUGUAUAUAUAAUGUGCAGACGAGACAGUGUUAUAGUCUAUACAGGGGGCGGGUUACAUUAUAGUCAAUGCGCGGGGCGGUCAGACCGAUACACUGGGGGAGGCUCCCGGUAUAAAGAACCAGGCACCUCAGUUAGCGGAAGUCUCGGUGUUUCCUUUAUCCGCCGCCCCUUCCAGCGACCCCACAAGCCCCAGUAGCAGCUGCAGGAGGAGGCGGCGCGGCCAUGAACCCCGGAGCAGUGACCGGCCAGGCCUUCCCCGCGGUGCAGUUUCACGGUGGAGCCGCCGUUUUGGUGGAGAUCACUACAGACAUCCACAUCUGUGGCCUGUGCAAGCAGCAGUUCACCAACUUGGACUCUUUCGUUGGCCACAAGCAGAGCGGGUGCCAACUGAACUCUGGAUCUGGGGCGACGGCCGCUGUACAGUUUGUUGCACAGAAUGACCCCGAGACCCCCACUCAGAAUUCUUCCCGGACCAUCACUUCAGAGACCCAAACCAUCACUGUCUCUGCUCCGGAGUUUGUCUUUGAGCACGGAUAUCAGAGCUUUCUGCCGAGUGAGAAGGCAGAGUCCCAGACCUCAGAACGCGUCUCUCCACCCACCAAGUGCCGUAGGACAGCGUCGGGGUCCUCAUCCCGCAGGAAAAACUGCUGCAACUACCCUGGGUGUCAGUUCAAGACUGCGUAUGGGCUGAAAGAUCUGGAACGUCACUUAAGAACUCACACGGGUGAUAAGCCCCACAAAUGCCCAACAUGUGAUAAAGCGUUUAGCAGGAAGGACAAGCUAAAAACCCACAUGCGCUCCCACACGGGGGAGAAACCAUUCAAGUGCAAGGAGUGUGACUACAGGGUGGCAGACAGCAGCAGCCUAUGCAAACACCAGCGAAUUCACACCAACGAGCGACCGUUUAAAUGCCAGAUCUGUCCGUACGCCAGCCGAAACUCCAGCCAGCUCACUGUACACCUUCGCUCCCACACGGGAGACGCUCCUUUCCAGUGCAUCCUCUGCAACGCCAAAUUCAAAAUAAACUCUGACUUAAAAAGGCACCUGCGGGUUCACACGGGGGAGAAACCAUUUCGCUGUGAUUUCUGCAACUUCGUCUGCGCCAUGAAAGGCAACUUAAAGUCCCAUAUCCGGAUGAAACACAACGCGGAGACCACAUUCCGGUGCUUGGAGUGCAAUUUCCAGUGCAGCAACAAAGCCGACUUGAGGCAACACUUGAGGUCCCACCUCCCGGAGCAGCCGGUGAAAUGCGCCAAGUGCUCCUACUCCUGUUCCAGCAAAGCCGCCUUGAAAGUGCACGAGCGGAUUCACUCUAAAGACCGCCCCUUUAAAUGCAACGUCUGCCUGUUUGAUACCAAACAACGCAGCAACUUGGCCACCCACAUAAAGAAAUGUCACGGGGAUCAGGUGAAACCCAGAAAGAGCUCUCUGCACAGAAAAGAAGAGGACUCCCCAAGGAUUUACACUUUCCGGAAAGGCUCCAAGUUAGAAGCGAAGAAAGCUUUCAAUUGUGACCUUUGCGAUGCGUCGUUUGUUAGGGAAGACUCUCUGCGCAGUCAUAAGAAACAACACAGGGAGAUCAUCGCUGCCCAGAAGGCUUCAGGCCUGGACUUUUUACCUCUGCCGAGCAAGGCGCCACGUUCCAGUACCAUCGCAAUCAGGAAUAUUAAGUUCCCCCCUGCGAUUCUACCUUUUGGGCAAGAUGGAGUAAAGCUCAUGGCCGACCAUCCCCUAAUAGAAGGUAGUACGGCAGAGACCACAUCAGAGCCUGCUAGAGCUUUAGAUGUUGUGUCCAAGGUCCAAGAGCACAUGGCUACCAGCCAGCUAAGACUGUUGAGUCAGGUCAAUUUGAUGGCAUCGCCUUCUGCUGUCCAAAGGACUCCCCAAAAACUUCUUGAUAUCAGUAACAAUCCCAUCCAACAUCAUCUGGAUGAAAGUGGUACGGACAAUGGCCAGGAGACCAACAACGAGGCUUUUAUGUCGGCCUCCAGCAUCGAUGAGUGCCCUGACCUCGAACAUCUUCAUAUAAUCAAAGACGAGCCUCUAGAAGUGACUAUUGUUAGUGACGCUGGAGACUAUAUCGGAAUGGAGGAACCUCAUCAGUUUCCCGUCUUUUCUCCGUCCCCUCUUGUUAACCCACCCAAACGCAGUUACAUCGUUGUCCAGGAGGAUCCUCAUUGUGCUCUUCUGUGUCCAGCAGACUCCAUACCGGACUGACACCCGCUUGGCUCUUUAUAAUGAACACUGAAAUGUUCCUUUGCCUUGGCAUACAGCUGUCUGUAUGUAGAAAUACAUGAGUAAUGGCGGCGUCCCAUGAGAAAGACUGUUGGCCUCCUAGUAGGUACUGUGGUCGAUUAUUCAUUGUUUCAUAAAAGUAAUGGCGGCGUCUCAUGACAAAGACUAGUAGGUACUGUGGUGGUUUAUUCCGAUGAAAGUGGAGUAGUCCAAAAUAAACCAAUGUUCUUUUUUUUUUUUCUAAAACAUUUUUCCCUUAAAUUAUUCUCCGGAGAUGAGAACUGUCGCAGUUUAUUAGAUGGGUUUGGAUUAAAGCUGGUUGUACACUUGAA